AUGGCUGCAGCAGCAGGAAGCCCCGAGCACGGGCUGCCGAGCAUGGAAGCAGAAGCCGAGCCAAGGCCCGCAGAGAUGCCCCAGGGUUUGGAGGGCCCCGCAGGGCAGCCAGCCGCUGCCACGGCUCCUUCGGAGGGGGCGCCAGUGGGCCAGAACGCUGGGCCUUGCACCAGCGUGGGGGAGGACACGGCCCCCGGCGGAGCAGAGAGACUGCCCCAGUCUGCCCCAGCAAGCUCGCAGCCAACGGCGAGAGGAGAAAAGGCAGAGCCUGGAGAGAAGGGCGUCCCUGUGGCUGGGACGGGGACGAAGGCCAGUGAGAAGAAAGCAGUGGCCAAAGAGGGGGCAGAAAGCCAGAGCCAGCCUACAGCCUCCAAGCACGAGCCCCCAGCUCCCCAGCGGAGCCAGAGCUGCCCAGUCAGCAACCAGAGACCAGGGGAGGAGCCCCGGGUGGCGAAGAUGGGAGCCGAAGAGGCCUCAGCAGCACGUGCAGAGAAGAGCCCGCAGGGUCCAGCAACUCCCGCCAAAGGAGCCAGCGCUUUGCCAACAGAGCCCAGUCUAGUGGAGGUGCCUGGCCCUGCUUCGGAUGCCCCCAGAGACGAGACUUGUGCAGAGAAACCCACCCCAAGCGAGGUGCCCAGCCCAGCUAGCAGCAGCGGGGACGUGACCCCUGCAGAGCCCCCCAGCUCGGUGGGGCUACCCCACCCUGCUUCAGACGAGACCCCUGCAGAGCCCCCCAGCUCAGUGGGGCUACCCCACCCUGCUUCAGACGAGACCCCUGCAGAGCCCCCCAGCUCAGUGGGGCUACCCCACCCUGCUUCAGACGAGACCCCUGCAGAGCCCCCCAGCUCAGUGGGGCUACCCCACCCUGCUUCAGACGAGACCCCUGCAGAGCCCCCCAGCUCAGUGGGGCUACCCCACCCUGCUUCAGACAAGACCACUGCAAAGCCCAGUUCAGUGAAGCAGCCUCCUCUAGUCUUGAACAUCCCCGGAAAUGCGGGGAAAAAAGGCCCUGUGGCUGGGGAACAGCCACCUUCACCAGAGGAGGAAGAACUGGAGCCCCCGCCCAGCCCCUACCUAACGCCAGACUUCGGGAAAGAGGACCCUUUCCAGAUACUGGAUGAUGUUCCUCCGCCACCCGCUCCCUUCACCCAUCGCAUUGUCACCCUGAAAUCCGGCACCGUGAACAGCAUGUUCAACAUCAACACCAAGGAGAUGCUGGGAGGGGGGAAGUUUGGCGAAGUCCGCACGUGCACCGAGAGAGGGACGGGGCUCAAACUUGCAGCCAAAAUCAUUAGGAAACAGGGCUCGAAGGACAAGGAGAUGGCCUUGGUUGAAAUCGAGGUGAUGAACCAGUUGAACCACAGGAACCUGAUCCAGCUCUAUGAAGCCAUCGAGACGCCACGGGAAAUCGUCCUCUUCAUGGAGUUUGUGGAGGGCGGGGAGCUCUUUGAGCGCAUCAUCGACGAGGAUUACCACCUGACGGAAGUGGACUGCAUGGUGUUCGUGAGGCAGAUCUGCGACGGGAUCACCUUCAUGCAUCAGAUGCGCGUCCUGCACUUGGACCUUAAGCCUGAGAACAUCCUGUGUGUCACCUCCACGGGGCACAUGGUGAAGAUCAUCGACUUCGGGCUGGCGCGAAGAUACAACCCGCGGGAGAAGCUGAAAGUGAACUUUGGGACCCCCGAGUUCCUGUCCCCGGAGGUGGUGAACUACGACCAAGUCUCCUAUUCGACAGACAUGUGGAGUCUGGGCGUGAUCACCUACAUGUUGCUAAGCGGCCUCUCCCCUUUCCUGGGAGAUGACGACACUGAAACCCUGAACAACGUCCUGGAAGCCAAGUGGUACUUCGACGAGGAAGCCUUUGAGGGCAUCUCGGACGAAGCCAAGGACUUCGUCUUGAAUCUGAUUAUCAAGCAGAAGAGCGGCCGGAUGAGCGCGGCCAAGUGCCUCCAGCACCCCUGGCUGAACGACCUGGCCGAGAAGGCCAAGCGCUGCAACCGGCGCCUGAAAUCCCAGGUCCUGCUCCGGAAGUACGUCAUGCGGCGACGCUGGAAGAAAAACUUUAUUGGUGUGUGUGCUGCCAACCGAUUCAAGAAGAUCAGCAGCUCGGGAUCCCUGACGGCGCUGGGUGUCUGA